AUGAGAGCAUACCGGAUCGGCCGGAUAGCCCACCCCUGGAGGAAUCUGGAGCCGCCAAUCCGCCGCGCUGCCAUUCGUCAGCACGACGACAUCCCCUACGAUGAGAAGACUCAAGGAGACAUGGUCAUAGAUGAGACAGAGGCCAUAUUAAUCCAGUCCAAAACAGAUGCCUUGAAAGCAGAGCACUCGUCUCGCAUGGCCUUCACCUCAGCCAUGGAACAGAAGGAGAUUACCGAGGGCCUUGCUAGUAUGCCGUCGGUCGAUGAACACACACAGUUGGCCAUCGCCAUGGACUUCCGUGCCCUGCAUGAGCGUGUCAAGAAUGAAGGCUUCUAUGACUGCCCGUACAUCGAAUACGGAAAAGAGCUGAUUCGCUAUUCGCUGCUUUUCGGUACCUUCAUCUACUUCCUCCGCGCUGAGUGGUAUCUCACAUCGGCCUGUUUCCUGGGCAUGUUCUGGCAGCAAAUCAUGUUCACUGCUCACGAUGCUGGACACCGUGGCAUUACCGGCAACUUCAUUGCUGAUACUCUGGUUGGUGCUUUCAUCGCCGACUUCUGCUGUGGUCUCAGCAUUGGAUGGUGGAAGAGCUCGCACAACGUCCACCAUCUCAUCACGAACAUGCCCGAACACGAUCCUGAUCUUCAAAACGUCCCUCUUNUUGCCACGUCGCCCACCUACUUCCGCUCCGUCCUGAGUACUUUCUACAACUUCACCUUUGUCUGGGACGCUGCCGCCGACUUCCUCGUGCCCUACCAGAAGUACACUUACUACCCUGUCAUGGCCAUUGCGCGUUUCAACCUAUACCUCCUAUCCUGGCUGCACCUCAUGUCGCCGCGCGCUGCCAACUUGGGCUCUGCCUGGUGGACUCGUCCCGUUGAGAUCGUCUUCAUGGCUGGCUACUGGGCUGUCUUCGGCUAUGGCCUGCUCUGGUGUACACUCCCCACAUGGCCAAUCAGAGUCGCAUUCGUGCUCAUCUCUCACUGUAUCACUAUGCUCUUGCACGUACAAAUCACCCUGAGCCACUGGGGCAUGCCCACCGCCGAUCUAGGCCCGACUGAGAGCUUCNCCCAGCGCCAACUGCGCACCACCAUGGACGUUGAUUGCCCCGCCUGGUUGGAUUUCUUGCACGGCGGCCUCCAAUUCCAAGCUAUCCACCACCUUNUUCCUCGCGUGCCUCGCCACAACUUGCGUAGACUGCAAGUCUUGGUUCGCGAGUUUUGCGACAAGACGACCAUCAAGUACGAGUGCUAUGGCUUUGUGGAAGGCAACAAGGUUGUUUUGAGCAGGCUUGAAGAAGUCGGCAAGAUGGUUGAGACGCUGGUCAAGUGUCAGAAGUUCAUGGCCGAGACUGGAGAGAGUGGACUUCAUUAG